CGGACGCAGCAGCAGCAGCAGAUUUGAAACGUCCCGUUAAACCGCUCGUUGCACCGGGAACCGUUCAGGUGCCUCCGGACGCCUCCUGCUCCUGCUCCUUCUGUUUCCCCUCUUUAUCUGAUUCCUCCUCCUCGGAUGGAGUCGCCCCCAUUCCUCCGCCGCCUGCACCGCCCGCCCGCCGCCCGCCGCCGGGACUGAAGCCGCUCGGUGUGAGUACCAGCACCGUGUCCUCUCCGUCCUCUCUGUCCUCUCCGUCCUCUCCGUCCCUCCGGCCUCCGUCUCCUCCGUGACUCUCUGUUCUCAUGCGAUUCUUCAGACUCACAUUCAAGUGUUUCGUGGAUUGUUUUUGAAGGUCGUUGUCCGAGUGUCGGUGUCAGAACCGUUCUCUUUAUUUUAACCAUUUCGUUCUGUCAUUUCACCUGAGAGGAGAGAAACCAUCGUUACUGCGAGAACCUUUGAAUUUGUGUUUUUCUACAUUGAAUCUGAAGAACUGAUCAGUGAAGCAUCAGCCUGAGGCUCCGCUGGAUAUUAUUCAUAUCACCGGAGCAGCAGAGACUCGAAUUAGACUAAAACAGAAGAACUGAGUGAAAGUGAAGCAGGUUCUUCUCUGGUUUUAAACUGGGACUGAAAGAAGAAUCCAAGUGAUCCUUCACUGAAGAGACAGCAAACAUCCAGCAGGGUCAAAACAGCUGAGAGGAGCCGAGGUGUCUCUGUGGACUGCUCCUUCACCGACUGAGACAGAGGACAAAAACUCAAAGAAUCUUACAGACAAAUUCCCUGACUGACUCUGACUCGGUUCCUCUUGGUUCCUGCCUGGUUGUGGACCAGCUUGUGGACUGGUUCCUGACUAGUUCCUGCUCGGUUCCUGCCUGGCUGAGUGAUGGAGAAACAGGCCCUUCCAGCCUCCUCCUGCUCCCUGGUUCUCCUGGAGGAGACCAAAAAGAACCCCCUUCUUAUGUCCAACGGUGGCGGUGGAGGUUACCCCCCUGCCGCAGCUACUAACGGCAGCCUCGUGGCAGGUUCUGGAGGUGGUGGCGGUGGAGCUUGUGCUGGUCCGGACAAGAAAGGAGGUGUGGUCCCGGGGGCUCAGCCGGGGUACCAAGAGCGCGAGACAUGGACGCGGCAGAUGGACUUCAUCAUGUCCUGUGUUGGAUUCGCCGUGGGACUCGGCAACGUGUGGAGGUUCCCAUACCUGUGCUACAAGAAUGGAGGAGGCGUCUUCCUGAUCCCGUACCUGCUCAUCGUCUUUGUCGGCGGAAUCCCCAUCUUCUUCCUGGAGAUCGCUCUGGGACAGUUCAUGAAGGCCGGCAGCAUCAAUGUCUGGAACAUCGCUCCGCUCUUUAAAGGUCUCGGUUACGCCUCCAUGGUGAUCGUGUUUUUCUGCAACACCUACUACAUCAUGGUGUUGGCCUGGGGCUUCUACUACCUGAUAAAGUCCUUUAACUCCGUCCUCCCGUGGUCCACCUGCGACAACAUGUGGAACACGCCCAGCUGCAUCGAGAGCUUUCCUCAUCAGCAAUGCAACAACGGCAGCCUCGCCAACAUCAGCAUCAUCGGCAACUUGACCUGUGCCGAGCUGGCGAACUCGCGAUCGCCCAUCAUUGAGUUCUGGGAGAACAAGGUGCUGAACAUCUCGCCGGGUCUGGAUGAACCUGGGAGCUUUCACUGGGAGCUCAUGCUGUGUCUGAUGUUCGUCUGGAUUCUUGUUUACUUCUGCGUCUGGAAGGGAGUCAAAUCCACCGGGAAGAUUGUGUACUUCACAGCGACCUUCCCCUACGUGGUCCUCAUCAUCCUGCUGGUCAGAGGUGUCACGCUCCCCGGAGCCUACGACGGCAUCAUGUACUACAUCAAACCUGAUUGGUCCAAACUGGCGGAGGCUCAGGUGUGGAUAGAUGCAGGGACUCAGAUCUUCUUCUCCUACGCCAUUGGCCUGGGAGCUCUGACAGCUCUGGGCAGCUACAACCGCUUCAACAACGACUGCUACAAAGACGCCUUCGUCUUGGCUCUGAUCAACAGUGGAACCAGUUUCUUCGCUGGUUUUGUUGUGUUUUCUAUUCUGGGCUUCAUGGCUGCUGAGCAGGGAGUCGACAUCUCACAGGUCGCUGAGUCAGGUCCAGGUCUGGCGUUCAUCGCGUAUCCGAAGGCCGUCAGUCUGAUGCCGGUGGCUCCGCUCUGGGCGGCGCUCUUCUUCUUCAUGCUGCUGCUGCUCGGGCUGGACAGUCAGUUCGUCGGCGUUGAGGGUUUUGUUACUGGAAUUCUGGAUCUGUUCCCUGGAAAAUACUACCAUCGUUAUAAGAGGGAGAUCGCUGUGGCGAUAUGCUGUUCACUGUGCUUCAUCAUUGAUCUCUCCAUGGUGACGCAGGGAGGGAUGUACGUCUUCCAGUUGUUUGACUACUAUUCGGCCAGUGGAAUGACUCUGUUGUGGCAAGCAUUCUGGGAAUGCAUAGUAGUUGCCUGGGUCUACGGUGCUGACCGCUUCAUGGACGAUGUAGCUCGUAUGAUUGGCUACCGGCCUUUCCCCUGGAUGAAGUGGUGCUGGUCCUUCAUUACUCCGUGUGUCUGCCUGGGCAUCUUCCUGUUCCACCUGUUCAACUACAAACCGCUGACCUACAACAACGUGUACGUGUACCCGUGGUGGGGCGAGGUGAUUGGCUGGUGUCUGGCUUUGUCCUCGAUGCUCUGCAUCCCCGUCAGUGUCCUCUACAAACUCUUCAGAGCAAAGGGAACAUUCAAAGAGCGCUGGGCCCACCUGACCACUCCGGUGUGGGGGCACCAUCACCUGGAGUAUAUGGCCCCCGACGUCAAGUCCCUGACGCUGAUGUCACCCAGCACCGACGACAACAAGGUCAUCAUCUUUGAGAGCGUCAUGUAGUCCGAGCUCCACCAAUCACAGAGCUCCAUCUCCAUCCGUCCCACCGACAACAAGACAGCGACACGUCGACCUCUGGAUCGAGCUCAGAGAGAUCAACCAGCUGAUUGAUCGAUCGGAGCUUCAUCUGCUUCUCGACAGGAAAAAUCAAGAAAAAGUCAAAAACGAUGGAAAGAUUUUCUCGACGCCGGUCGAGCUUCCUCCAUCUUGGAUUAAUGGCAUCAAUGGAAACUUGUGUUGAUGUGGGAGGGCUGGAAAUGCAAACACACACACCUACCUGUUAGACGGCCAUUACACACUCACACACACACACACACACACACACUCUCACACACCUUUGACCUCUGUGUGUGUUGAGGCCAUUUGCUGAGACAGAAUUUUAGACGAACAGACUGACUGAACCGCAGAAAAUCACUGAGGUCGUUUGCGUCGUAACAGGAAUUAAAACGUUCGGUCCUUCAACAAGAUGUGUUCACUUCCUGUUUAGGAGAAACGUCCCACAUGCUUCCAUGCAUCCUUUACGUGGCCAUGGUUUAUAAGCAACACAUCCACUAGAGGGCAGCGCAGGGUCAAGAGUUUCUGACCACAACAAAAGCCGUCGCGACGUAAACAGCGACAGAUCAGUCCACCAACUCAAAUUUCUUCCUCGUGUCCUCUGGUCAUCUUGCUUUAACUAUUGGUUACACUGCCCCCGAUGAUUUCCUGUGGUACUGCUCCAUUGAGUCAGUUUCAUCUGUAAGGAGCGUAACAAAGCGAACGCACACACCAGAGACAGAAAAAAGCUCCGUCCGCUCCCAACUUGAGCACAAAUGGGCCUUAAUAAGUAAAAUUAAAAAUUAACGUUUCCAUGUUCAUUUUCCACGUCCCCGAAAAUUCCUGUUACGGGGCAACCAACGGUCCCUGAACUAACCACGCUGCCAGGAAGCCGAGGUGGGCUCAGUGAGCCCUGAAGGCAUCAUCAGACUGAUCCUGGUUCUGCUUUAGUCCUGAGUUUAACUUUGACCUUUAACCUUUGACGUCUUUAAGUUUGUCGGCACUUUAUUUGACACUUUGAUUGUUGUUCUGAAUUCUGAGGUUCAGGGUUUCUGUUCUGUUCUCAAGUCCAAUACUGUGAAUCACCAGCUCCGACUACUGAUCCCAGAACAGUCCUGACUCCUGGGCAGCGUGUGACUCUUUGACCUGUCGUUCAGAGGCAGAUCUGAUGUCAGAGGGUUCCAGUGAGGAUUCAGUCGAAACACAAAGUUAAAUUCUUCUUAACUCAAGCUCAACAUUGUUUUAAGAUCCGGAGACAACAACAAUUCUAAUAAAUGUAAUAAUCAGUCACUUUAAUUCAAGUGAUUCAUACAAACGUUACAUCGACUUCUUCAUCAUGCUGAUUAUUACAUUUUACAAAUCAAUGAUAUUUGAUCGAUUAAUAAAAUAAUCAGAAAACUGAACUCUCACUGGAUCUGACCUUUGACUUCUCCUCGUUCCGGAGACGACCUCAGUGAGCAUCAGGUCGGGCUUCGUUCCUCACCCUCCUCUUCCUCCCGGUCGACUGAAGUGCCAAACGGAACGAUUCGCGCUCAACGCUGCCAAUAAUCAACCCGAUCACUCAUCUCUGCCUCGUCUCCUCAGUCUCAUGAACGCUGAGCUCCUCCCACGAACAUCUCGCUCUCGUCCGUCAGAUUUAUGAUCUGAAACAAAGAAAACGUGGAUCUGCUGCCACACGCAACCAUUUAUCGUAACUUAGGUGAGAUUUUAGUUUUUCUCGUAUGUGACGAAAACUUUAAUAAACAUUUCUGUUCUUACGUCGUCACAGAAACUGGUCAAACUACCUGAGCAGAUUUUUAAACAUUUCUCGAGCAUGGGAAAAGAAACAUUUUUAAAAAUCAGUUUAGUUUUUAGUCUUAAAAACACGGUUCACUGUUAACGUGCGGGCGUUCACCCUCCGUCAAAUCCAGCUGACGAGCAAAGACUUUGGUCCAAUCAGCUGGUGGCGAGAUGAGAGCCGGAGGACUCAACGUGAUGCCAAGCGUUGCCUUACGUCGUUGUCUUAAAUCUAGAGCCCGAACGGUUGACGAGCCAAACCCGGAGCCCUGCAGGACAUCCUGUGUACGGCGCCCGCUUCACAUCCCACCAAUCAGCAGUCUGCACGGGCGUGUCUACAACUCUGUCUCCUAGCAACCACUCACCUUCCACGUGUCACAGGGAAACGUAAUGAUUGGAAUGUACGAUGAGGUUAAACUACAGAAAUUUGCACAUUGUUAUAAAAUAAUGUUGCCAGCACUUUUAAAAAGAUUGGUGAUAGAAAUCGUGUUUUGUUUUACAUAUUGUAAAAAUGAAUCAGAGAUUUAUUUUGUGGAGGGUUUUAUUUUGCUGAUACUCUGACAAAUAUAUAUAUUGAAUAUCUUUGCGUGUAUCUAUAUUUGAUGCAGUAUGUAAAUGUGAUGACGGUGAAGAGGAUUUCUGAUUGUUCACGUUUAGCCGGCGAACACGAGCGACGAGCCGCGCCAACCGACGCCGGCUGCGACCGACUCCAGCUUCAGGCUACCUCACUUCAUUCAGACUUAAAAUAGAACUCGAGCUUUCUAUGAAAAUGUUUUGUCAGCAGGAGGCGACGGUGGAAGGUGUUUGUGGAAACGCUUCCCGCCUCGUCCUGUUUCAUGCUGCAGCUUUGAAGCUUCUCCAACAUCCGUGAAAAAAUGAUAAACUCAAAAUCUGAAGGAAGCAACAUUUUUAGCUUUGAUUUCAAAAACAAACAACUUCAGACAAAAGUUAAAGCUGGAAGUCGAACGUGUCACGUGUUUGUGCGCCUGUGGUCGUUGGUGCGGAGAGGCCUUCAAACGGUGUCUCGCCGGCUAAAGUGAACAAGCAGCGAGGGGCAGGGCUUUUAUUUUGGUGGGUUUGCUGCGAUGCAGCGACGUUAAGCCUGUCGAGGCUUCGUGUGGCUCUGAACACACUACGAAAGGGAAAACUUUUUCCAUUUACGUUUUUGAUUUCUAAAUCUCAAAGUGCUUAAGUGUUUGAUGAGUUUUAGCUUUAGGUGAUUUUUGUUUUAUUUUGUUGAAUAUCAGUGUUUAUCCCCGCCCCUCCCCCCACGGCUCGAUGCUCGUUCUAUCGUCUCCACGAAGACGGAAAAUUUCAGAAAAAAGUCGUCUUUUCUAAUUUGAUAAAAAGAAUUUGAACAUCACAUGACGACAAACAAAGAAAAAAAAUGUAAAGAUUUAAAAUAGAUUCAGAUUCUAAGAAGUGAAGCUGCUGCUGGUUCAACUACAUAUCCCAGCAUUCAGUGGGACUGAAGAACACCUGCAUGAGCCCAACUCAAUUAGUUUAACGGGCUGUGAACCAAUCAGAUUCAACGAUGGCUCCUUAACGAGAAUCUGUUCAAUUUGAGCCAAACGACGAAAGAGACGUUUGAUUCUUCAGGAGAAAUGAAAUCAAACAAUCAUUUGACCAUUAAAAACUUUUGAAGUUUGAAUGAAA